AUGGAUAGUUUCCUGCAGCAGGAUAUUGCCCUGAAAAUGUCCAUGUGUCAGUUUGCUGUGCCUCUCCUGCUGCCAAACUGUGAGACAGAACAAAGCACAUUGAUGCUGUGGGCCAUGAGGGACAUAGUGAAGAAACUGGGCAACAGCACAUUAUCAAAGUCUCAGCUUUUGAAUGAUGUUCUAAGCUGUUCUCAGCAGAAUUACAACACCUUUGUUCACAGUAACAUGCCAGCUGGCAACAUUCCAAGAACUAUUUCUGAUGGGUUAGUGGAAAUCAGCUGGUACCUGCCCAGUGGCAACCCAAACAUUGACGUCUUCACUGAACCUGUGGCUGUAGCUAAUCUUCGUGGUGAUAUCCAGGAUUUUCAGACCCAGUUCUCUUUCCUCUGCGAGACGUCAGCAGCAGUGUUUGUGUUCUGUGAUGAUUUGGGCUCUGACAGCAGUAUUCUGAACAUCCAGAAGAUGAAAGAUCGACUGUUCAUUGUCUGCAACUCUGAGGCUAAGAGCUAUGAUGCAGCAACAUUUGAGAAACACUCUGAUGGCAUAAUAAGGAAAGACAGGCAAAUGAACAACGCACAGCUUGUGAAGAAGCUCCGGUCUACAGUCACAGACGUCAUGCAGGCAAACCCACACAAAACUAAAGUGGAGGAUAUGCGUGUUGUUGCGCAUGAGUUGGGUAUCCCUGUGGAUGAAGAUGAUGAAAUCUGUCUGAAAGCCAAGAAAAGGGCAGCUUUAAUUACAGAUCAAAUCUCUUGCAUACCAAGCUAUAAGGACAGCCAGCUACCGUUACAGGGAGAGACAUGGAAAAGUCUGACUGCACUGGAGAAAGAGGAGGUCAAACUGAAAAAAGCAGGUGAUAAGGACAUUGAAAUUUACAAGAGUGAACUCAAGCAAGAGAAAUAUGAACUCAGGAAGAAGCAGCUGUCUUUUGGCAUUAGUGACAGUAUGAAACAUUUUGUGGAAGGUUUGAGGACUUCCAAAGAAGAGCGCUCCUAUUUCCUAAAGUGGAUGAAGCUCAAUCUGGACAACCUUUCAAGAACACAUCUGUCCUGUCACAGAGAAAAAUAUAAAGAACUGUGUCAGAUUUCCCCAGACAAGAAAGACCUCAUUGCCGAUUUAGACAAACAGAUCUCAAACAGUUCCUUAGGAACUGAACAUUUCUUAAGGGAAGUUGGACAGAUGUACGAGGCAACCAUGUCCUCUGAAAGCAGUGAGACUCAAAAGUAUGUUCAAGGACUGCCAGGAAUCUGUGCCCAGUUAAUGUUGGAUGGGUUUCCACUGGAGCUGAUGGAUGGUGAUGCAUCAAACAUCCCAAUGAUGUGGAUAUCAGAUGUUCUGCAGGAGCUCCACUCUUUGACUAUGUCAAACAGUAAGAUCCGGGUGGUUUCUGUUUUAGGGGUCCAAAGCACAGGGAAGUCCACUCUCCUCAACACCAUGUUUGGAGUCCAGUUUGCUGUCAGCAGUGGAAGAUGCACCAGAGGGGCCUUCAUGCAGCUUAUCAAAGUCAAAGAGGAAUUCAGGGAUGAACUAAAAUGUGACUUCAUCAUGGUUAUUGACACAGAGGGGCUAAAGGGACUUCAAUCUACCCACCUUACUGGCAAUUAUCAGCAUGAUAAUGAACUAGCCACACUUUUGGUAGGACUGAGUGACAUCUCUAUUGUGAAUAUUGCUAUGGAGAACACCACAGAUAUGAAAGACACAAUGCAGAUUGUAGCCCAUGCUUUCCUCAGGAUGAAAGAAUUAGGGAAGAAGCCCAGGUGUCAGUUUGUGCAUCAGAAUGUUGCAGAUAUAUCUGCUCAUGACAAAAACAUUUGGGACAGGAAGCUCCUUCUUGAGCAGCUGAAUGAGAUGACAAUUGUAGCAAGCAGGAUGGAAAAUACAGGUGACGACAUUAAGUUUACUGACAUCAUAGACUAUAGUUUUGAGGACACAUGUUACAUCCCAGGUCUCUGGCAUGGCAGUCCACCCAUGGCACCUGUCAAUGAGGGAUACAGUGAAGCUGUGGCCAAUUUCAAGAAGAAGUUGAUUAAUGCGUUCAAAAAGGAGGAAGCCGUAAACGCACAAACAAUCCCAGCGUUACAGUAUGAGAUCAUACGUUUAUGGACGUCAAUUAAAUUUGAGAACUUCAUCUUUAGUUUCCGCAACAGCAUUGUGGCUGAGGCAUAUACCAAGCUGUGUGUGGAGUUUGAUCGAUGGGACAGAGCCUUCCAAAAGCACAUGCACACCUGGCUGAUCAAAGCAGAAACCAGGGUGGCAAACUACGGCAUAAAAGGGUCUGAACAGGAGUCUGGCCUGGAUGACCUUUUAAACAGUUUGAAGAAAAAGGUGCUAUAA